AUGAGGUACAGCGUUAGCAUCAAGGGAGUCAUCAAGAGGCGAGGAGAUGACUUUGAGACGGUGUCUUUCUGGCUGGCCAACACCUGCCGGUUCCUGCACUGCCUAAAACAGUACAGUGGAGAGGAGGCGUUUGUAAAGAACAACACCCCGCGUCAGAAUGAGCACUGCUUGUGUAACUUUGACCUGUCAGAGUACCGUCAGGUCCUCAGCGAUCUGGUCAUUCAGAACUACCAGCAGCUGGUCAGAUGCAUGGAGGAGGCCCUGCAGCCCAUGAUAGUUCCGGGUAUGCUGGAGCAUGAGAACUUCCAGGGAGUUCUGGGGUCUAAACCCACGGGCCUACGAAAGAGGACAUCCAGUUGCCCCGGAGAGGCUGUUUACACGGUGGACAGCAUCCUACAGCAACUCAGUCUCUUCCACGCUACCCUGAUUCAGCAUGACGUCGACCCCGAGCUCAUCAAACAGGGGGUGAGACAGCAGUUCUACAUUAUCUGUUCUGUCACUCUCAACAACCUGCUGCUGAGGAAGGACAUGUGCUCCUGGAGUAAAGGACUGCAGAUCAGGUAUAAUGUGUGGCAGCUGGAGGAGUGGCUGGAGGAGAAGGGGCUGUCAGACUGUGGAGCUAAAGAGAUGCUGGAGCCGCUGAUCCAGGCCGCUCAGUUACUACAGGUCAAGAAGAAGACUGAGGAAGACGCCCAGGCUCUCUGCACCAUGUGCUCUGCCCUCACCACUCUACAGAUUGUGAAAGUGCUCACCUUGUACACCCCAGUGAUUGAAUUUGAGGAACGGGUUUCGAUAUCCUUCAUUAGAGCCAUACAG